GGUUCUCGCGGUAUUUGCUGCCGCCAGUCGGCGGGAGAGGCUGCAGUUUCCUGGAGGUCCUUUUUAGCUCAUUUGGUCGCCGGGGUUGUUGUGUUUCCAGUUGCCAGGUCGCGUAUCAUGACGUCCGCCUUGGAGAACUACAUCAACCGAACUGUUGCUGUUAUUACUUCUGAUGGGAGAAUGAUUGUGGGAACACUGAAAGGUUUUGACCAGACCAUUAAUUUGAUACUGGAUGAAAGCCAUGAACGAGUGUUCAGCUCUUCACAGGGAGUAGAACAAGUGGUACUAGGGUUAUACAUCGUAAGAGGUGACAAUGUUGCAGUCAUCGGAGAAAUUGAUGAAGAGACAGAUUCUGCACUUGAUUUGGGGAAUAUUCGAGCAGAACCUUUGAACUCUGUAGCACACUGAGGAAAAACUACAUAUAUCGGACAGCUGUAAAUCUUUGUACAGAAACUGAUUAUUCUGAGAUUGAUGGUCAGAAUUUUUAGGAAUGUGUAAUGUGGAUUUUUGACUCCAUAUUGAUUCAUUGUAAUAUGGUAUGUAAAUUAAAAUGUUUCUACAUUUUCUUGAAAAAAUUUUUUUUGGCCUAAAUAAUACACUUGGUAGCUUGGUUUUAUUUUUCUAUUAAAUAUUAAUAGUAAAGAAUCUAAUUAUUAUUUUGAGAACUUUUAGAAAAAGAUAUUCUACUAUUUUAAUAUUUAUGGAAAAUGAGUUGAAAAAAGAAAUUCCUGUACUAUAUAAAUUAAACAUACAAAUAGUGCAGGAUACAUAUGUUUUUUUCCCUGAUUUUUUAAGUCAUGGAAAGCUAAAUCUUGUCUUGUGCAGCUAUCUGAACCAUCUGCAUUUAUCACACUGCCCUGCUGGUUGCUCUGUAGCACUUCAGAAAUGUGGGUAAAAGUGUGUUUGGUUGAGAAAAGGAAAAAUGCUAACACAGUUGUGUGUAUUACUUGACAAACAUUUAUUCCAUAUAGUCUUAAAAACCAUCUUACCUUUUAAGAAUUGGGGAAUUUCUAGUAUUAAAGGAGUUUUUUGUUAUUUAUAAAUGUGAGUAAAUGUACUUUGAGGCAGUACUUGCUAUUAUUGUCAACAGCUUUUCAUGACGCCCUAGUUCCAUAAACCUAGUUAAAAAAGAAGUAAACAUGUUUUUUCCAAGUU